CGUACGCUCACCUUAUCUCUUGAUAACCAGCUCUUACACUAUAAAUAAGCAAGCUAACAUGCUGAGAAAACGCACUCACUGAGUUUUAGAAAAAGAAAAAAGAAGAAACAAAGCUAUAGCUAGCCAUGGUUAACUUCAGAACCAGUGCUAAUAAGAAGAAGAAUAGCAUUAUAAAGCUCAAGAUUGUUGUAGAAAAACUACAAAAGAGUCUUUUACAGGGCAAGAAACCGGCCUCUAAUUCCGACGAGUUUGAAGAUGUUAAUGACUCCAUGAAUGUGCCGGAGGACGUGAAGGAAGGGCACUUUGCCGUGAUGGCAGUGGACGACGAUGAACUCAAGAGAUUCAUUGUUCCAUUGAGCUUUCUGACCAACCCAUCCUUCUUGAGACUGUUGGAGCAAGCAGCCGAAGAGUACGGUUUCGAUCAUGAAGGUGCUCUAACAAUCCCAUGCAGGCCAAGCGAGCUGGAGAGGAUACUGGCUGAGGAUAGAGAAUCAAGAGUUGCUGUCAACUGGGGUUCCUCUAAAACCCUGGUGAAGAGCUGCUAAUAAAAGCAAAUAAUUUCUUUGGCUUUUCAUAUUUUAUUUGAUUGUCUCUUUUGUAACCUCCAUUAGAAGGCCCCUCUUUUUCAAGUAAUUAUUUAAUUUGUAAUCUUUGAAUCUCUCUUCAGUUGCAUGUGUUAGGCCUAGUCGUCUCUCUAACAAUAACCAGAGCAAUAUGGAUUGA